ACAAAAAUUUCAAGUUAGCUAACCAUAUGUUUACAUACAAGUUAAUUCCACAUAUACUUUAUAUUGAAGAUCUGAGUUGAAGAAAAAGUGUUUCACAACACCUCAAUCUCUUAUAGUGAAAUUGUCACAAAUCCACAUUAAGUAUGGGAAGACACUCCCAUGGUAGAUAUUUAACUCUCUGUACUAGAAGACUUUCUAAAAAGAAAACAUGUGUUUUAAGGCGACGACGUAAAAGAGAGAUGAUGGAACAAGAAGCCUUGGCAGACAACUAUAUUGCUAACAAUAUUAUUAAAAGUGAAUCCAUCGAGUCAUUAAACUCAUUCAUGUUACCUGAAGCAAUGGAGUCAAACUCAUUCAUAUCACCUGAAGCAAUGGAGUCAAACUCAUUCAUGUCACCUAAAGCAAUGGAUUCGAAAGAAAUGAACACUUUAGAAACAUACCUAGGUACAAAGCCAAUGGAUUCGAAAGAAAUAAAUACUUUAGAAACGAACCUGGGUACAAAGCCAAUGAAUUCGAAAGAAAUAAAUACUUUAGAAACAUACUUGGAAACAAGGCCAAUGAAUUCGAAAGAAAUGAAUACUUUAGAAACGUACCAGGAUACAAGGCCAAUGAAUUCAAAAGAAAUAAGUACUUUAAAAACAUACUUGAAAACAAGACCAAUAAAUUCAAAAGAAAUGAAUACUUUAGAAACGUACCUGAGUACAAAGCUAAAUAAAGAUACAUAUGAAAAUGUCCGAAUUUGUGAAGAAGACGACGUUCCAGGUAUAAAUCGUAUCCAAGAGCAUGAGCCUGAAGGUGAUCGUAUUAUCAAUAUUUCUUUCUUUAUGAAAGAGAUGCAUCGGGUAUUUGAUGGUCAUGCACCAGGAUUCGAGUGCAAAUUUAAAGAUUGGAUACUUAUAAAUUCGCGUCGCCGAGGAUUACUGACACAGUUCUUUUAUAAGUGUCAAACCUGCAGUUAUGAAGCAAACUUUUGGUCGCACCCUACAGACAAAAAAGUCUUUCUCAUCAGUACGGCUAUUACAGCUUCUAAUCAAAAUUCAAAGAUUGGAAUUAAUGCCGAACUGAAAGAACAGUUUGCAGCUGUAAAUCUACCAUGUUUGAAUGGGAAAAUAGAUAUCAGAUAAGAUAUUUAUUAAUCGAUGACGAACAUUAAAAAUAUGAAACUAACAGGAAAUUAAAAAGCAAUUCGAUCAGAGAGAAAUGAAGUAGUUAGUGGCAUUCCGCGUCCGCAUGAUACGACUAUUAAGUUUCAGCUGUUCUAUGAAUGAAGUCACGAAGUAUCCUCCGGACAAGUCGUUCUUUUUAAAAAUAGACGUCAUGGUUACUGGCUGGAACUUUGAUUCGGACAUAUGUAUGCUUCUCUGUAUUCGAGUUUAUACGUUCUUUGUUGCUUCCUCUACUAAAUGUAUCUUUUUUUUUUUUUAGCGAAUUUAUCUCUAUGCGCCCGGCUUUGAAUACUCGUGAUCAUUUACACAGGCUGUAAUCUAUGUAAUAUAAAUUUAUGCCAUAAUCCUGUAAUUGACCAAUUAUAGUCGAUUAUUCCCUUCUCAUUCGACUAUAGUCAAGUCUUACAGAUUAUGGUCAAUAUAAAUGAUCCUAAAUUCACUGAAAUAUAAUACUGGAAUGCGCAUUUGCUGAUAUCGCAAUCCGAUAAAGAAGGUUCUAAAUGAUAUUUCUAUUUUUUUUAGUAUAAUUCAAUCUGAUCAAAAGUUUUAUUAUUACAGACUACGUUAUGCACCGAAUUGUCUCUGGUGAGAGACAUAUACUGUAUCAAAUCAAAACAAUUAGAUUAAAUUAGUCUGUGUUAAUGAUGUACAUUUAAUGGAUAUGUAUUACGUUAGUGAAUUUUAGUUUUUUAUGAGACUAUAUGAUUCUCGCUACCAUCUACUGCACAUAUGCUAUAUAGUUUAGAAAAAGAACAUCAUAUAUGAUACUGAAACGCUAUCUCUCACAUCACUUAACAAAGGCAGUAGAGGGUCGCGUGUCCCAGUAUAAUUAUAUUUCAGUGAUGUCAUUUUAACUACAUAAUGUCACUUUUUUCUUUUAGAACACGAUUGACACAAGUGUCACUCUUUAUUUGUUAUUUAUUGAAGAAGAAUAGAACGACGAUUGUAUGUCAAUCAUCUCUUAAAAGGAAAGCAACCUAAGUAUAGAUUUUAAUUAAUGUUAACCUCGCGAGAUAUCAUAAGCCAAGAUGUAUUGCGACGCCGAAUAUAAGAACUAAUUUUUGUAACGUAUUCUAUAGUGCCGUCUACAGUGACAAAAGACUUAAUUUUUGUAUCUUCUGCCAAGAGGUAUUAAUUAAACAAAAAGGUUAUAUAUAUUAAGGUUCUAAAUAAUCAGAGAAUUGGCUUUGCGUCACGAUUUUUAAUUGAUGAUGCUUUUUAAUUAAAACAGUCAUAUUGAUUAAACGUCAUUAUGUUGAAAAUUCGAUUCAGAUAAAAUAUUUCUAGCCAUGAUGUAAGAAUAUAUGAUGUUCGCUCCUGAGAUGCGCAGUACUGAUCAAUCCGAGAGUUGCCCCGAAUACAAAAAACAUGGCUUCUAUAAUCUGCGACAGAUUAAAAGUUGGUUUAUAAUAGUAGAGAAAAACCUCUCUGAUAAUAGUAAUCUAUAAGAAUUGACCAAUCACCAUCAAAUGAGAGGAGAAUAAUCGACUGAUUGGUCAAUUUUUAUAGAUUACGGUAUAAGUUAAUAGAUUACGGCUAUUAAUCUCAAAUUAAGGCUCCUGAGUAAUCACUUCAGCCAUAUUGAAUCG